UUAUCCCUAAAUACCCAUUUAACAAAAUGGCGGUCGAAAAUGAAUUUAUUUGUAACGAAGUAAAUGAACAGUUUUCUCAUUCUGAGUUUAUUGCUUUAGCUCUGAACACUGUCUCUGAGAUUGUCAAAGAUCCUUUAUUAAAAGACUUACACAGUGAACCAAGUGUAGAAGAAGUAAACUCUCAAAUAGCUCUUGAACAUGGAAAAGCAAUAACUGUUAACGUUUUACAACAAAACGAAGAAAACAAUGUUUUACCUGUAGUUGUUCCUUUAAAAGCUAAAGUAAAAGAUCUGAAAAAAGCAAUCCAACGACAUUUAACACUGAAACAAACAAGAGAGGGUGGAACAACGUAUAUAAGUUGGAGGCAUGUUUGGAGAACAUACUGGUUAGUCCAUGAUGGUGAAAAAUUAACAGACAAUGAAAAAACUAUUAAAGAGUAUGGGAUCAAGAAUAAAGCUGUGGUAACAUUUGGUAAAAGAUUAAGAAGAAAAUGAUAUUUGUGGUCACUAUAUAUUAUAUUAGUUUAUUGAAUUUCUCAGUUUGCCAUAUAAACGUGUCUGUAGCAGGGCAAAGUUUACUUUCCAGGAACCUGAGAGCAUUCUUCAUUUCCUCAUAUAAAUAAUUUUAACAAUGAGCUAUAAUAUUUGAAA